UCACAGAGCUACAGGUCAGGACGAUCAUCACCUACACCGUCGGAAGCUUCAUCAAACAUGACAUUAACAUCUGGUUCCUAUAGUGACAUACCAUCAUUAGAUUCUAACGGCGCUGCUCACAUCAACAGAUCCCUAGAUCCUAGUCAUCAACAAGUCGUACUCAGAACUCCUUAUGGAACUUUCUAUCGAGAGGAAAUGAGUGGAUUCUACGGAAUGAUUCCAGAUCAGCCAAGACGUCGUUGCCAUACCUUAGAUCGAGACACGCUCACUAGACCCACCAGACUACACACGAUAGACGAGGGAAAUCGUCGGCGUUAUACGAUGGAUCGGGAAUACAUCAACAAGAUGGUCAACAAAUUGAGUGACAGACUAGAAAAGCGAACAGCAAUUCGAGGUGACAGCAUGCCGCCGUCGAUUUCCAGUAGCGCAGCAAGUAGUCCGAUUCCAGAGGAAAACUUUCCAUACCUAAACAGUAAUCGUGAAUUUAUGCCCAUAUCAUCCGCGGAGAGUGGAAUAGGUAGUGCUAGAGGCAGUCCGCUAAUCACAGAUUCCAUGCUUUCAUUUAACUCAUCACCUAAUUCUCCGCAUCCAAGAUCCAGAUCCGGUUCAUUUGGAAAUGACGAUUAUCAGAACAUGAGGCCUCGUUGUUACAGUUUUCAUCUCAACAGCGAAGGUCGAGCAUCUCGGGUUUCAUUGCCACCUAAAUAUGCUCAGGAAAAGGAAAGGGCGUCCCAGGAUUCAUCCCAACAGUAUUUGUCGCCGGAGAUGCGACGUGGAAGUGUUGGAGCAGCGUAUGGAUUACAUGUGCGUAAAAAGUCUUUGUUAGUUGAUCGACAUCCAUCAUAUCUUAGUGUCAACCCCGAUGUGUUACGACAGGAAGCUGAGAGAAGGUCACAGGGAGAAAUCGCAAAUCUCAAGAGAAUGGUGAACGGGCAGAAUAUGUAUAGCCAUCCUAUACCACCACGUCAUAUGAACUGGAUGCAACAACAGAUAGGUGUAUCACCACCUCCACCAGUCUUAUCACGAAUCAGUCCUCGUGAUGAACAGUUCAACGGUGCCCCAAUACCUCCUGUACUCAAUAAAGUUGAAUUGGAGGCUGCUCGCGAAAAGGCUGUUGCCAUUGCUAAAGAGAGUUCUGGAAAUGCCACCUCCGAAGGAAUUCCUGCUGCUGAAGGUAAGGCAGCGGACACAGACGACCAGCCAGAAAUAUUCCACAAGAAAUUUGAUAAACUACGGAAACAUCUGACACAUUCCAGCGAAAAUAUCGAAGCUCAAUCACAAGAUACUAGUCAAAAUAUGGAGGCAGACGACGAAGACAAGAAAGAAUCCUACCACGACAACUCAUUCCUUGAUCAGAAAAAAGGAUCUCCAGACCCCCAACAAAAAUCAGCCGGAGACUCGCAUCCCAAUUUGCUCGCUCAUCUCAAAGCUCCUACUCAGGUGAAUGUUACACAGGCAGCUGUUCAUCCUACGAUGUCGGGAAUGACCUGGAACCAAUAUCCAAUGAUGAAUCCACAUUCAUCAUUCUUAGCUCAACACCAGGCAGCGGCCAUCAUGGCCACAACUACUCAUCCAACGGCAGCCAUGAUGAAAGAAUAUCCAGCAGGAUUCUUAUCAACGCCACAAAACAUGCAUGCACAAGUGAUGGCCUCUUUUUCACAGAACAAUUCCCACCAAGAUUCUCAGAUGAUGUCAAAUAUGGUUCCAGAAGUUGGAACGCGGGAACAGUUUCAUGCGGCAGCAGUCUCCCACUUAAAAGACAAACUACUUCGAAAAAAUGGUAGUAUGGAAAAUUUGCUGAAAAUUGGUGCCAAAGAUAAUAAAACGAGUUCAUCUGAUUCGAAAGUAAGACAUACAUCAACUCUAGCUGGCAACAUGCCAAAUUCCUUACCCAAUUUAUCAACUCAGUCGCCCAUAUCAACUCCAGUUUCAUCAAGCUCUCCAAGUCUGGUUAUCCCAGACUACCAAAAAUCAUUACCACUAUACAAGUCUAUGUUCAAAGGUCAUAUCAUGACGCCUAAUGCCGUCAAGCCAUGUUUCACAACACAAGACUACAAUAACACCAAUAAUCUUGUUCGAUAUGGAGAACAAGAAAGUGUACCACUCAAUCUUACAACAAAGUCCGAUGAAUCUCAACACGAACUGUCAGUACAAAUGACAACUGAAGAAAUACAUCAUAUGAACCUCAAUAUUAAAAAAGAGAUUGUUUAAUGCAGCCAAUCAAAUCCUACAAGCUAACUAUGUCAUGUGACUCAAAAUCUAGUGUUUCAGCCAAUCAUUAAUGGUCAUAUGACAUUUAAGUUAACCAAUGGUAAUCCAUGAAUGUUCACUUACAAAGGAAGACGGCAUCUAUCCAGUGGUAUCAGUGAUAUAAAAUGGUAGCAUUUUGUGUUGAUACAGAAAGUAUGAGUUUACUGCAGUAGAAUGUUGAUGCGUGUGUUUUUAUUUAACAGUGAUUGGUGUAUAUAUGGAUUAGAAUUGUUUGUACAUAGUAUUGAAACAUGUGACUAUCUAGCUUCAGAUGAUGUACAUAUAUGGAUAGCUAAAGAAUCAGAUAGCUAGAUUCUACAGCUAAAAAUGGGUUGUCUUGAAUCUGGUUUCUUAGAGAUCGAUCGAUUAUGGCUAAAAGUGGAUUGUCAAGAACAAGAUAUCUCGGAGAUCGAUUAGAUACGGCUAGACGUGGAUGUUGAAAAUCAGAUUUCUCACAGAUCAAUCUGUUACGGCUAAAAGUUGAUUGUUGAAAAUCCAUUACAGCUAAACAUGGAUUAUCGAGAAUAAGAUUUUUCGGAGAUCGAUCCAUUAUGGCUAAACUUGAUUAUCGAGCAUAAGAUUUCUCGGAGACUAAUCUGUUACGGCUAAAUGUGGAUUGUCAAGAACAAAAUAUCUCAGAGAUCGAUAGACAUGUACAUGUAUUACAGCUAAAAGUGAAUUAUCUAUAGUGUAAUGUUUGUUUUCAAGGAAAUCAAUUUUUUUUUAAUAGAAUUUUUAUUAAAAUGAAUUGUCGUUGUGGUCAAAUAAUUUAAAUUUAAGCCAUGCAUAUUGAUAGCAGUUUAAAAUCAGUUCCAUGCCUUGGAUUGAAUACAACUGACUAAUUGAUGAUUAUUGGAUUUGUACAGUUUAAAUAAGUAUAUACACACUGUAUAAUGUGGAUAAAUUGUCGAAAAUGAACAUAUUUUUGUUUUGCUUAUUUUAGAAUUUUUUGAAUAAGAAUUAAUUUAUUCUAAAUAUAUGUCCGGGUUUUUUUGUUUUUUUUGUUUUCCGGAUGCGUUUGUCAGAUUAUAUAUGUUGUGUCAAGAUUGUGCUUGUUAAUCAUUAAAACUUUUAUCGCGUUGGGGUCGUAAUUUACAUAAGUUUGUUGAUUCUAGUAUUUAAUUAAUUAAUUUAAUGAGUUUUAAUUUAAACCUUGAGUGUGAGAUACAGAUUCAUCUGUCAAGUGUGUGCUAGAAUUUAUGUGUGAUGAUUUUUUUUUUUUUUCCUUUUUAUAUUAAAAGAACAAUCGAAUCUGUUGAAAUUUCUGCCCAUUUUUAAGCUUAUGAUUAUUUUUGAGACACCCCUAUGGGUGCCUUAAAAAGAGGGACGGGCCUACUACAAUAAACGUGAAAUUUGAAGUGAUGAACACAUCCCUAGUAAAACUCUUCAGCCUUUUUAAGGAAAACUUAAGCUCAAAUAUUAUAAGAGUUUGGUCCUUUUCAUUUGUUGUGGGUUAAAAUCCAGGUACAAAUUUCAGCUCUUUACCAAUGUAAAGGUUGCUUUCUUAAAAUAUUUUAGUUUAAAUUUCUGUGAAAAAGAAGAACCCUGACGAUACUAUUCUCAAAUAAAACAAAAUGACAGUUAUUCUAAAAAAAUUUUAAAUUGCUAUAGCCAAUGUAUUAUUUAUUUUACUACUUAGAGCUAUAAUCUUGGACAUACAAGAUAAUUCAUUUGAAAUUAGCUCAGAGCUAAAAUUAGCAAUUAUAUAAGUCAAGUAUAUAAAACUAAGGUUCUAUUUCUGUCAUAGCCUACUUAUGAGAUAUUGGCUCAUUAUAUUCAUGAAAACUUUAUUGCCGUGAAUUGGAGAUUAAGAUGUCAUAUUUUGAUAUUGCUAAAUUACAAUAUCUAGUAGUUCUAAUAUCGGCUUUUAAUUUAACAAUCAACUUCAGGGAUUCUAGUUUUCACAAAUAAGGCAUGUUGGAUGUUGCAAAAAUGAAACUUAAUGUAUUUUUAAGGAUACUUUGUUUUCUUUGGUUUGAAUCUAUACAAGGCAUGUUGCAAAGGUUUAACAAAAGGUGUUUUUGAGGAUACUGUGUUUUCAUUGGUUAGAAGCUAAUAUAUUUUUGAGAAUACUGUGUUUUCAUUGGUUAGAAGCUACUGUGUUUUGAGGAUACUGUGUUUUCAUUGGUUAGAAGCUAAUGUAUUUUUGAGGAUACUGUGUUUUUAUUGGUUAGAAGCUAAUGUAUUUUUGAGGAUACUGUGUUUUCAUUGAUUAGAAGCUAAUGUGUUUUGAGGAUACUGUGUUUUCAUUGGUUAGAAGCUAACAUAUUUUUGAGGAUACUGUGUUUUCAUUGAUUAGAAGCUAAUGUGUUUUGAGGAUACUGUGUUUUCAUUGGUUAGAAGCUAACAUAUUUUUGAGGAUAUUGUGUUUUCAUUAGUCUGAAGCUAAUUUAUUUUUAACGAUACUGUGUUUUCAUUGGUUUGAAUACUGAAUUAUGAGAGCUUGUCCAGAUGAUGUAAAUAAUGGAGAUGAACAUGACGAUUGUUGAUUUGAUACCUAUGUUAGGUUGGCGUACCAAAGCAAAGCAUAAUUUAUUUGAUAAUGUCUAUUUAUAUUUAAAUGUAUUUAUUGAGGAGAAAAAUGAAAGGACCAGUGAGCGUUUAAAAAAAUAUAUACGCGGAGUGUUAACAUUGAUUAUUUCAUAAUAUGCUACAGUUAGAGAAAUUGUAGUCUAGAUUAUCAUGGUGUGUUCUAUAUGGAGUGUUUGAUAUGUUUCAGUUAAGGGAGAAAGUAGACUAGAUUGUCACAUAAUGGAAAGUUUAUUUGUUAUGGUUCUGUUUCUGAUAUAAAAGAGAUUAUCAUUUAUAUGGUAGUGCAUGUACAUUGAGUGUUGUAGUUAAUAUGCGUCUUGAUAAAAGAAAAAGGAAAUGGUAGCUUUGGUUAUCAAAAAAGAAUAAUAAAGUAAAUUGUACACUUGAUUGAGGAUGAUUUUGUUGGGCUGUAUAAACAGUGUUUUGUCUUGAUUUCUAUUUUCAAAUUCAUUUAAUAUAGCUUUUGUAGUGCUAUUUUCUUGUGUAAUCCACAAUUUACACCCCUAUCUUUAGUAAUAAACUUUCCAUCAUACAACAUGUUUCCUUUAUUUAGAGAAAGUCUAUUAUCUUAAAUGGGUGUUGUCCUUUAUAAUAAUGUUAUUUAUUGAAAUAUUUUCUUCUGUUUCUCUUGCCACAAUCUGCUCCAAUUUCUCCAUUCCCAAAUUUAUUUUAUUUUAUAAUAAUUGUACAAAAACAGGAAAUCCAUUUGAAAUAAAUUGCACUAUAUUUUUCGACUGACAAAUUAAAUACUUACAUUAUUAUAUUUUGAGAAUUAUGAAAUAAAAUAGAUAUCUUUUUAAAAAUCUCCAUGAUAGGUAUUUCAAUAUAUCUGAAUUAUUGUGGAGCUACGUAAACCCACGAUGUUUAUCUUGUGUACUGUUCAGACACCAUAUUGAUUACAUAGAAUGAAUUUAAUGGAAGAUUAUUUAGAAUACAUGUAUAGUGCUAUAUAUAUUUUAUUGAUGUUUGUUGAGAUGAAAUGAAAUGAAUAAAUUUGAUCCAAUGUAACUCCGUGCAGGGAAAAAGGUCUUGUAUGGCCACCAGGGUAUGAUGAAAUUUAUCUUUGUCCAUACUCUGUCUCAUGAUUUCUAGUUAUAUAAAGCGAUAAAUUGGUGCUUGAUUUCAGAGUCUGACCUUUCUAAAAUCUUUUUCACCAAUUUUGUACUGUGCAUGCACAUUUAUAUGAAAUUAGUUGACAUCAUAAUUAUACUUUUUUCAAAUUUAUGUUGUAAUUCCUUGACGUUGUGUAUGUCGUGUAUUUAUGGCUUCAAGGAUUCUAAAUGGCAUAGCAUACUAAAAUAACAGCAUUCCUCAGCUUAAGUAGAAAAAUAAAAACUAAGCUAAUUAUUUUGUUGCCGAAGUGUGGUAAUGAUGGUAUGAAAAUGGAAAAUCUUAAAAAUAGAAAUACAAAAACCUUUAAUCCAUUUCCUGUUCUUUCAUUUUUAGUUUGAUCUUUUUAAAUUUCAAUUUAAAAACAAGCACAUUCUCUUUGAGGUAUUUGUCUUUCUUUGGUCCUGCUUUUGAAAUUAAUUGUUAUAUUGUUGCCUUAGUUACAAUAUUGUUUGUGUUUUGUAAUUAAUGCCGUUAAUUAAUUAAUACCAUGCAUUAACUAGUACUGUGAAUUAGUACCCUACAGUGAAUUAAUUAACUAUUUUAAUUAGUACUGUUCACUAAUUAGUACCUUUAAUUAAUAAGUUGAUUAAUUACUGUUUUUAUUAUAACUUAGAUGAAGGAGGUAUGACAAAAGGAUGCAUAUUUCAUUUAUUACUAAUAUUAAUAUUUAAAAACAUAUAUAAAAAAAAUAAUUAUAGUAACUUUAUCAUCAUCUUUAAGAAAAUACUGAAUAGUAAUUUAUUCCAUAUAUGGUAUUUAUUUAUUAGUAGAUUUAAAGGGACACUUCGCUGACUAAAAACUAUCAACAUUUCAUCUUGGUUUUCUAUUAGCAUACACAUGACACAGCCUCACACAUGGGAAUUAACUUUAACUUAGGUGGAGGCAUAACACAAAGCAAACAAACUCAACAGACCAUUGGUCUUUUUAUUUGUUUAAUUGUCUACAGAUGGAUUCAAUGUCCAGACAAUGGUCAGCUAUUUGAGUAAAGAAACAAAAUUAAAAUUAAUAAGCAAACCUAACAGCUUCUGCUUAAUAUUUAAAAAACGAAAUUUUAAUCAUAUUCAUAAUUCAAUACUUUAUUUGGACUUAAUUCAGAGUUUUAGCUCCUUUAAUUUAACUUGUUUCCUUUGAUUAUUUUUGUUAACGAAGUGUCCGCUUAUGUUAUGAUUCUGAAUGUGAUUUAUAUUUAAUUAUAUGAUGAUGUAAGUGGCUUUAGAGUUAUAUUAGUAGAUAUUUGUAUGUGUGUGUGUGUGUGUAUGUUAUUUGAAUCUUUGUGUUUAAUUGUGUAUAUAAUAACAUAGAUAAAUAUAUUGAAACUUAUCACCAAUAUCAUUAUUAAUAUAAUAUAUAUACAACAAAUGUCAUCAAUCAUUCUAUCAUGAUUGUGUGCACUAUUAGCUCAGCUGAAUUAGAUUGAUUCUCACUUGACAAUAAAGACUAUACUAUAUAUACUGUAGACAGUAUUGUUGAGUCGACUGCUGAACAUGAUGUAUGUAUGUAUGUACGUAUGUAUGUAUGUAUAAUUAAAAUGGGAUACCCUAUAUUAUACAAAUUA